CUCUAGGUAAGAGAGUUUCUUCCUCUUCUGAGACACAAAGAUGGCAACAGCUCUGACUGUCCUCCUCACCGUCUCCCUGCUGCAAGGUGCCCUGUGUGUAGAGUUUAAGGUGAUUAUGCCACAGACUAUACACGCUCUCAGUGGAUCCUGUGUGACCAUCCCCUGCUCCUUUGACGUACCCAACAUACAUAAACCAACGUUGGAUAGCACAUGCAGAGCAGUAUGGACAAUUCAUCAAGGAACCGUUGUGUUCAACAGCAGGGAUCCACAACAGACUACAAUAAAGGGGACACUGAUAGGAGACUUGACAAAAAAAGACUGCACCACAACCCUAAAUAACAUGCAAACUGCUGACAGCAAUACAUAUGCCUUUCGACUGGAAUGCAAUGCCCUGAAAUAUAAUUUUUUGCAAUCAACCGUGAAUAUUUCAGUCAAAGACGACCCUCCUAGACCUACUCUGACUCCUUCCACACUGAGGGUGAAGGAGGGAGCCUCGGUGAGAUUGGUGUGCUCUGCUCCAGCUCCCUGUCGGUCUCAUCUUCCAACUCUGACAUGGACCCCCGGCCUGGGGCUCAGUCAGGAGACACUGCAGGAGAAUGAGGACAAAAUUGAAGUCAAGACCUCUGUUGUGAAUUUCACGGCUUCUCACCAACAUCAAGGAAAGACCAUUUCCUGUACAGCCACCUACAACAAACAGGAAGGGAGUGCUGAGUCAGCUGUUAGCACAAGAUUAACAGCUAAUAUUUCAUUUGCUCCACAGAUCUUGCCAUCAUCUGAUUGCACCAAAGAUGAAGCCCAGCUCAACUGUUCCUGCAAGACCGCUGGAAACCCUUCUCCCACCUUACAGUGGUAUUUGGAUGGGUCACCUGUCAAUCACUCUGACAUGUUCUCCAUCAGUUAUGAGCCUCUGAAUGACACAGGUCUGAGGAGCAUCAUUGCUGUGAGUCGACAUGAGGAGAGGGAUCUUUCCACCCUGCUCUGCCGCAGCUACAACUCCCUGGGAUCUGCCAGUCAACUAUUCUGUGUCAACAGCCUUGGGCCUGAAACAUCUGCAAACAGCCAAGAUCGAGUGAUGUUUCCAGUCUUCAUCACCACAGUUUGCACUCUAUUAGUACUAGUCUGUGCUCUGCUGUUUGUUAUCAGGAUUCGGCGGACCCAACACAACCUUCAGGAGGGUCAACGCACGGGGGACACCAGCACAGUUAUGAGCCAACUUCUAACGAGUGGAGAGGGCAAUGAGAUACCAAACACAACAGAAGAAGACAUUUAUGUCAACAGCGAAGCGCUGAGACAGGCAGAUGUCGCCACCACAAUCAUCUCUGAGCCAAACAGCACCAACUUGCAAGGCAUGAGACAAAACAAUGCAGAAGGAGCCCGUAAAAGCUCAGAGAAGGAGAAAGGCAAUACUGUUAUUUACUCUAGUGUGAAUUGGAAUUCCAAGAAGAAGACAGAAAACUCUGUGGACAUGCAUCAGCCGGGAAGCGCCUCUCUGGAGGAGGAGAGGUGAAAGGUCAGAGAAAUUCAGGACUCUGAUCCGGCAUAAAACAUCUCUUCUCUUUUCUGAUAUUCAUGUAUUUGUAUGCAUGGUCCUUGUUUGAAUAAAUACAUAAAUGAAAAAAAAUAAAAAAAGAGGCAUACGCUGAAGCUUUGUGAGCAAUGCUGGAGAUGGGAAAUAUAUAUUUAGAUUAAUAAUAAUGAAACAUUUUCAUUAUUUACUGUGUAAUGCAUAUUAUUAUUAUAAGACACUGCAUUUUCUUUCUUAUAUUGAUGUUGGCAUGUGUUAAUUAAAAGAGUCCCUGCUGGUGA